GAGAAUGAUGGAGAGAUCUCAUCCGGCUUUUCCUUGCUUGCAUGCCUAAGACUCUUGUGCCCCUCGGUAUUCGUGUAUAUAUUUAGUUGCGUUCUUCCAUUAGACCUGUACUAAAGCAGAGAACACAAGAUGGCAAGGAGAUUUAACAGUGUGGGGGAGCUGGUGACUUUGGCCCUCUUCUUCCUUCAUUUCGUGGGCGGCGAUGCACAAUCGUCGGCGGCGCUCGUCCCCGCCUUAAUAACAUUUGGUGACUCCACGGUUGAUGUGGGGAACAAUGACUACCUCAAAACCGUCUUCAGGGCGGACUUCCCUCCAUAUGGAAGGGACUUCAAGAACCAUGAGCCGACCGGGAGGUUCUGCAAUGGGAAGCUGGCAACAGAUCUCACUGCUGACACCCUGGGAUUCACCACCUACCCACCUGCUUAUCUUAGCCCACAAGCAUCCGGGAAGAACCUGCUCAUUGGAGCCAACUUUGCUUCCGCAGGAUCUGGUCUCUAUGAUGAAACUUCUUACUUAUCUCAUGCCAUUCCACUAACUCAGCAGCUGGAGUACUACAAGGAGUACCAAUCUAAGCUUGCUCACGUGGCUGGAAGCAGCCAGGCUAAAGCCAUCAUCUCCGACGCCCUCUACAUAGUGAGCACCGGCGCCAGCGACUUCAUCCAGAACUACUACAUCAAUCCUUUUCUCUUCAAGACCCAAUCGCCCGACCAGUUCUCCUCGUUCCUCGUUGACAUCUUCUCAAACUUUGUCAAGAAUUUGUAUGGCUUAGGUGCUCGAAGGAUCGGCGUGACAUCAUUGCCACCGCUGGGUUGCCUUCCUGUAACGAUCACGCUCUUUGGACAUGGCAGCAACCGAUGCGUGACGAGACUCAACUCCGAUGCGCAGAACUAUAACAGGAAGCUAAAUGCGGCGACGAACUCGUUAGCUAAGCACUUGCCCAACCUCAAGAUCGCGGUCUUCGACAUCUACAAGCCCCUGGAUGACCUUGUCACCAAGCCUUCCGACUUCGGGUUCUUCGAAGCAAGGAGAGGAUGCUGCGGGACCGGGACAGUGGAGACGACAUCGUUACUGUGCAAUCAGCACUCGAUCGGGACGUGCCCUAACGCCACCGGGUAUGUGUUCUGGGAUAGCGUACACCCAUCGGAGUCUGCAAACCAAGUGCUUGCAGACUCCCUCAUCGUCGAGGGCAUCAACCUCAUUCUGUGAAGGCAGCAGAAGCAGCAGCAACAAGAAACCCAACGGUUCAUGCGUGUUAUGUCUCAGUAAGCGGUGUUCGAGAGCAAAAUAAACUGUUCUAGCGAGGGAAAAAUAAAAACAAUUAUAGUGACUAUUACUGAUCGAGUUGUAAGGUGUUUACUUAACUGUCGAUAGGGAUAUGUUGCUUAUAGAUCAGUGGAGGUCGAAUAAGCUUGUUGUUAUUGUUCUUAUUUGAGAAAACAGAGUUGACGCAGUACCAGUUCUUAACAUUUGCA